AUGAGGCGACCGCUCGAGCCUCGCCGCUCGGAGCUCGACUGCAGCGCAGCAAGCGGCAGCGGCAGCGAGGGCGCGGUGCUCCCAGUGUGUGGCGCCAGCCGCGCCGUGCUGCUAACCCUGAUCGGCGGGUUCGCCGCUGCGGGGUUCGGCUCGCGGGCCUUCCUGUUCGGGGGCAGCGACCCGGAGCCGGGGUCCCCCGAGGCCAUCGAGCGCGUCAAGGGACUGCUGCUCAAGGCGGACGCGGUCUUCUUUGAUGUGGACAGCACGGUGGUGAAGACGGAGGGCAUCGAUCUGAUGGGCAAGUGCUUCGGGGUCAUGAAGGAGAUCGCCGCGCUGACCCACAAGGCCAUGGACGGAAACGUGAAGUUCCAAGACGCCAUGGCCGACAGGCUGCAGCUCAUGGCCGACCACGGCAUGACCAGGGACGGGCUGGAGGAGUGCGUCGUCAAGGAGGGCGUGCCCCUGUGGUCCCCGGGUGUUCAGGAGGUCGUGAAGAUGUUCCACAAGCAGGGCACCGAGGUCUACCUCGUCUCGGGCGGCUUCAAGAACAUGCUCUACCCUCUGGCGCUGGAACUGCACAUCCCCCAGGACAAGGUGUACGCCAACGAGGUGCUCUUCGACGAGGAGGGCCAGUACGCAGGCUUCGAUCGGAAGAACCCUACGGCCGCCUCCGGCGGCAAGCCCAAGGUUCUCAACAUGAUGAAGCGCAAGCACGGCUACAAGACCAUGAUCAUGUUCGGCGACGGGGCCACCGACAUGGACGCGCGCACGCAGGGGCCCGCGGCGGCCUUUGUCGGCUACGGCGGGGUGACCGUGCGGCCGAACAUCAAGGCGGGUGCGGACUGGUUCAUCACCAGCUUCCAGGAGAUCCUGGACGUGCUCCCCAAAGGCAGCACUCGCCGCACCAUGGGCUGCGCUCACAGCGCGCCGCAGGGCCGCCUCGCGGGCGCCGCGGAGAGCGCCGCCAGGAGGUCCGGGGCCGCCUCCGUCCGCGGCAGGUGUCGCUCGCGGUGUCACCUGUCGCCAAGGGACUUCGGUCAGGACUACGGGCUCCUCCAGCGGGUGCUUGGCCGCGACGCCUGGGACCGGGCGUACGUGGCUGCGCGGCGGAAGUCCGACGGCUCGGAGUUCGCGGCGAGGGCGGUGCCGCUGGCAGGACUGGGCACGCGCGAGCGGAAGCGCCUCGAGCAGGAAGUCGAGGUCUGCCUCAGCGUGGACCACCCGCACCUGGCCCAGCUCAUGGACGCGUACGAGGCGGACGGCGAGCUGUAUUUGGUGUCCGAGUGGCCAGCGGGGGGCGACUUGCAGAACCGCCUCGACGUGAAGGGGCGCUUCGGCGAGAGGGAGGCACAGGACGCGGUGUGGCAGAUGCUCCUGGCGAUCAGCUACCUCCACGACCGCCGCGUGGCCCACGGCGGCGUGGGUCUGCAGCACUUCGUCUUCGAGGCCCAGGGCGGCAGGCACCUGAAGCUGGUGGACUUCAGCCGCAGCCGCUUCGUCGCCGGUGCCGACGGGCUGGCGGCGGACAUGUGGGGCGUCGGGGAGUCGGCCUACCAGCUGCUGUUCGGGUGCGCGCCCUUCGCCGGGGACGCGGCCAAUCGCAGCGCAGAGGUCAAGGCCGGGAGGCUCUCCCACGGCCCCGAGGAGUGGGCGAGGCUCUCCCCGAGCGCGCAGGACUUCCUGAGCCCCGAGUCGUCAGGGCUUGGGGCAGCCAGGGGUAGCCACAGAUUCGCGCCUCGGGGGCCCAACCCAGAGUUACCCCAGACCGCAGUUAUCCCGGAGAAUUCGGGCGUCCAACCCUGGGGCAGCUACGGGUUCGCGCCUCCGGGGGCCCAAACCGGAGUUGCCCCUAACCGCAGUCAUCCCAGACCAUUCGGGUGUCCCAGGACUUCCUGA